ACACUUGCUCGUUAAGCAAACCCUAAACAUCCUUUGAAUUCAUGUUUUCCUGUUGAAUGAGUGGUCUUCAUUAGGAAAAGUUCUGAUUUAUACGAGAUUCUGUUGACUCUGUUUGCAGUUCAAGAAUUUGCUACUAUCGGUAUACGGAUUUUGAGUUCAAGAAUUUGCUGGUUUGCUACUAUUUGUAGCUGAUUUUGAGCCCACGAUAUGGGUUUGUUAUCAUCGAGUUCAUCAGAUCCGGAGGCUGAGUUUGUGGAUCAGAUCGCCUUAUUUACCGCCCUCCUAUGCGCUUGCAUAGUUAUCGGUCAUCUUCUUGAAAAAAGCCGGUGGAUUAAUCAGUCAAUAACUUCCCUUCUGAUUGGCCUAGGCACAGGAUGUGUUAUUCUACUAACUUCUGGUGGUAAAAGCUCUCGGAUAUUGGAGUUCCAACAAGAGUUUUUUUUUAUGUAUCUUCUUCCACCAAUAAUAUUCAAUGCUGGGUUUCAAGUGAAAAAGAAGCAAUUUUUCCGCAAUUUCAUGACCAUUGUGUCGUAUGGAGCUAUUGGUACUUUGAUAUCGUUCGCCAUCAUAUCUUAUGGUGCAACACGCUUGUUCCCUAAACUCGACAUUGGUUACCUCGAGAUCAAAGAUUAUCUUGCACUCGGAGCCAUAUUUUCUGCAACAGAUUCGGUUUGCGUUUUGCAGGUGCUUAAUCAAGACGAGACACCACUAUUAUACAGUUUGGUGUUUGGGGAGGGAGUGGUGAAUGAUGCCACAUCCGUGGUACUUUUUAAUGCAGUCAUGAAUUUUGAUCUAUCCGACAUGAACACAGCUGUUGCCUACAAAUUUGCCGGCAAUUUCUUGUCGUUGUUCUUCUUUAGCACCUUGUUGGGAGUUUUUGUUGGACUUCUAUGUGCGUUCAUCAUUAGAACGUUAUACUUUGGAAGGCAUUCAACCGAUCGUGAAAUAGCUCUCAUGAUACUAAUGGCUUACCUUUCAUACAUUACAGCCGAAGUGUUUAAAUUAAGUGGAAUCCUUACAGUAUUCUUUUGUGGGAUCUUGAUGUCGCAUUAUGCUUGGCAUAACGUCACUUUAAAAUCACAAGUGACUACAAGGCAUACUUUUGCAACAAUGUCAUUUAUUGCCGAAGUGUUUAUCUUCCUAUAUGUCGGUAUGGACUCGUUGGAUGUUGAAAAAUGGCGGUUUGUAGACAACACUCCUGGAAAAUCCAUUGGGGCGAGUGCUACGCUGCUCGGGCUGAUUAUGGUUGGAAGAGCGGCUUUUGUACUCCCUCUUUCAUAUUUAUCGAAUUUAACCCGGAAGGAAAGGCAUGAAAAGGUCGGGUUUAAGCAGCAGGUUACGGUUUGGUGGGCUGGUCUAAUGCGCGGUGCCGUCUCCGUUGCACUUGCUUAUAAGAAGUUUACUGGAUCUGGUCAAACCGUACAGCCUGCAAAUGCUCUCUUGAUCACCAGUACCAUUACUAUUGUUCUUUUCAGUACAGUGGUAUUUGGGUUGUUGACUAAGCCGUUUCUAAGGAUGUUGCUACCUCACCCUCCGGAGGAAACUGAACCGUCGAGCCCGAGGUCGUUGGCGAUCCCGCUUCUCGGGAACGGAGGUGAUCUCGAUGCCGAAAGGGGAAAUCUCAGAACGUUACCAACGACAUCGAGUCUAAAGAUGCUGCUAAAUAGUCCUACAAACACAGUUCACCACUACUGGCGGAGGUUCGAUGAUUCGGUUAUGCGACCGAUUUUCGGUGGUCGAGGAUUCGUGUCUUAUGCCACGGGAACCCGUGAUAUGGAUGUCAUUCAUUGAGUUAGGUUAGGAUUGUUCUUGUACAUAAUAGUAGGUAUCCCUUUAAUAAUAAACUUGGAAUUUUAUUAUGAUUCGCGUUUGGCCUUUUCUCGAGUCCAAAGGCGCUUAAACGUACAAAAACAACCUUUUACGUCUGGCAUUGGCUUCAAGCGAUUGGAGUCGAGACCAGGCUUAGCUUUUGCCUGAUUUGAUAGA